GCUGCUAGUGGCACUGGUGGCGGACCAGCGCUCCAUUUAUUAUUAACUGACCUUGAACAAAGGGUCAUGCAGAUAAUUGGAGUGCAGGCAGCUACUGGCAUGGAAAUAAAAGAAGCUGGGUUUCCACAAGAAGAAAUUUCAACUGAGAGGCCAAAUACUGAAAUUAUUUUAAAGGAACCAGAAAUAGAUUGGAAUACUCCGAGCACAAGCAGCCAACCAACAGUGGCUCCACUGCCACAAACUGAGGCUUCCCCUCCAGUCAUUGACGAAGAGGAGUGGAACCCUCCACCACAAAAAAAAAGAAAAAGCAAUUUGACAAAAAUGUUUUUAGAUAUAGACAGAAAGACAAGGGAGUAUGCUUCAGAGCGUGAUAGGGUAUAUGAGGAAUUAGAGAGAGAUCGGUUGAGAGUUAGAGAAUUUGAGGUACGAGAAAGAGUACGACAGCAAGAUGAAGAGCUACGGAUGCACGGUCAAUGGCUGGAAUUUAUGAAAGAGGCAAUGGAAGCUUUUGUGAGGUUUAUGGAGAGAAAGUCAAGUUAAGCUUAAUUACUAUAUUUUUUUUACCAAUUACUUUUAUUUUACCAAUUACUUAAUUAUUUUAUUUUAUUUUACCAAUCACUAUAUUUUUUACAACU